AUGGUUGCAAAGUUCAAAUUUCGUUGUACCAACAACAUGGCUGCGUAUGAGGCCUGCAUUCUAGGUCUCAGGAUGGCGCUGGAUAUGGACAUUAAUAAAUUGCUGGAUGAGUUUGCCGACGUGCUGGCCACAAUUGCGUCAAUGAUCCUACAUCUUGAAAGCAGUCACAUUGACCCACUAAGGAUAAUCUUGAAAGAAGAGCAUGCCCAUUGUUUCCACGUAGAAGCAGAGCCGAAUGGCAAGAUGUGGUAUAUUGACAUCAAGAUAUACUUGGAGAAACGGGAAUACCCCAAAGGAGUCACGAGUGGACAAAAGAAGACCAUCAGAAGAAUGGAAAAUGGUUUAUUCCUGAACAAAGAAGUGUUGUACAAACGGACCCCAGACUUGGGUCUGCUUCGAUGUGCAGAUGCCAGUGAAGCCACCAAACUUCUAUAA